UUAUCGGUUGAUAUACAAAUUACCUAAUGGCGAUGUGUAAAAGGUUGAUAUGUCACUGUUGAACGAAUUUUCGUAAAGAAAAUUGGAAAGACGACCGUAUUGGAAGCACAUUUAAUACUUUUUAAUUAAUGUUAAUGUGGCGAAUUCGGGUUUGCGAGCCAUAAUUAAAAUUAUUCGUGUUCAGCGUUUGUAGUUCCCACCUGAGGAAUGUUGAUUUUUUCUAUUUGCUAUUUGAUUAGCUACGAACUCGAUGUUAAGUGUCAAGGAAUACAACGUAAACCUUUACGAUUUUCGGGUGUGAUAUGUUCGUCUACGGGCUGCUGUAAUAUAUAGAAUAGGUGUAAAUAAUUGAUUUCAAGUGAUAGUGGUGUGGGUGGAAAGGCUCGCUGCAAUAUACUUGGAAAUGGCCAGCAAUGAAAUUGCCAAGGUCGAUCCAGAGCUUAUAUUUACGAAGCAAGAGCGUAUUGGGAAAGGAUCGUUCGGUGAGGUGUUCAAAGGAAUUGACAAUCGUACUACGCAGGUUGUAGCGAUUAAAAUCAUUGAUUUGGAUGAAGCCGAAGAUGAGAUUGAGGAUAUACAGCAGGAAAUUAUGGUGCUGUCACAGUGUGACAGUCCGUUUGUUACAAAAUAUUAUGGCUCAUUCCUUAAGGGUUCGAAAUUAUGGAUUCUUAUGGAAUACUUAGGUGGAGGAUCUGCUUUAGAUUUAAUGAAAGCCGGAAACUUCGAGGAAAUGCACAUAGCUAUUAUACUACGGGAAGUAUUAAAGGGUUUAGAUUAUUUACAUAGCGAAAGGAAACUACAUCGUGAUAUAAAAGCAGCCAAUGUAUUGUUAAGUGAAAUGGGUGACGUAAAACUGGCCGAUUUUGGCGUCGCGGGGCAACUUACGAACACGACGAGUAAACGUAAUACAUUCGUUGGUACGCCGUUCUGGAUGGCGCCCGAAGUCAUCAAACAAUCGGCGUACGACUCCAAGGCGGACAUUUGGAGUUUAGGUAUCACAGCUAUAGAGUUGGCGAAAGGAGAACCGCCAAAUUCCGAGCUUCAUCCGAUGCGAGUGUUAUUUCUCAUUCCCAAAAACAAUCCUCCCCAGUUAACUGGAAACUAUACGAAACAAUUUAAGGACUUUGUAGAGGCCUGUCUUAACAAGGAUCCGGAAAAUCGUCCCACCGCGAAAGAGUUACUCAAAUACCCUUUCAUUAGGAAAGCGAAGAAAAAUUCGUAUUUGAUUGACUUAAUAGAUAGGUAUAAGAAAUGGAAAUGCACUCAAAAUGAAGAAAGCGAAACAGAAUCGGAGAACUCGGAUUCGGAGGAGCCUAAAAUGGAAAAUAAUCUAGACGAAUGGAUAAUGACAGUUAAAGGAAAUCUUUCUCUUGUGCCUUCUACAGACGAAAUUACUUCUAACAAUAAAAUUAUCCAAAAAAUUCAAAACGGAUCGGGUUCGGCGCUCGCAAGGUCGCCCCCUCAAGAUUCGAACCUAAACCAUUACAGAUUAGAUAAAGCGACUCCUUCGAGACCCGUGCCUCCCCUUCAACCGGUCAUAGAAAAUAAAAUUGAUAGAGACAGGGACAGGGAUAGGGAAACGAAAGACAGAGAGAAACGAAUAGUUCGUGAUGUGAACACGUUAGAUAACCACGGCGAGUCUGACGUCGAGAAAAAGUCGAACCGACGGCAGGUUUCUCGUGAGCAUUCGAAUUCCGGUAGUAAAUUUGAUGCUCGAUCGUCGUGUUUAUCGAACGUCAUAUAUCCUCUAAUAGUGGAGUUGCAAAGGAAAUAUCACUUCAACGGACGAGGAACUGAUAGUUCGCAUAAAUCGAGCGACGCCAUCGAAGAGCUAAAAAACGCGUUCGAAAUUGCGGAGAGAAGCAGUCCGGGCAUCAGCGACACAUUCGUAUGUGAAAUGGUGCAAAAACUAGUGCCAUCUAUUACUGAGCAAAGGCUCAAAAAUGUCAUGGAUAAAGCUACUCGCUUUUAGGGAUACGGCGUAGAGAAAUGCUACAAAUGGAAGUUACAGUUUAAUAGUGCAGAAUUAUAAUCAAAAAACCUUUAAUAGUCUUAUGAUGAUGAAUUCAAGUACGUGACAAUAUUUCUUCUCUAUCGUUUGAUUCGAUUGUCUCAUAUCUUGGAAAAUAAAGUUUUUUCAUCUUAGCGUUUUAACAAAUUGUAGCUUACCAGUAUUGACAUGUUGAUUAUUGCCAUUGUCUUGAGAAUAAUGUAUAUAUGUAUAUCGAGAAUGAAUUAUACAUUAGCAAUAUAAUAUUUUCCCAAUGUAUUUUUUUAGAUUGUAUAUAUACAUUUUAAUAUAUAUAGCGCAACGUUUUGUUAAUUUAAUGUAAACUAUGAGUUUGGUGAAGAAGAGUGAUUAUGGUUGCUGCUGUUUCUUUUUCUUUCUGUCUUAUCGGUUCAGUCGGAACUAUUUAUAAAAUUAGGUAUUUCCUGUUUUUAGCUUUUAAUAUAAUUUUAGUAUUCUAUUUCCAUUUUUCUGGUGAUUGAUUAAAAGAUAGGUCAAUUUGUAUAUGUACGUACAGGAUCGGCUAUAGUGUAUGUUGUAGUUAGUCGAAUCAUAAUUACAUGUAGAUCCUGUUUUAUUGUUAGAUGCGAUAAUAUGAAUAUUAUAAAUAUGCAUUGGCAUUAUUUUGAAUUCUAUUUGCCACAAUUUUCUAUUUGCUUUUAUUGACGAGAGUACAAAUGGAGUUUAAUACCACUGUCAGUAUUAGUGCAUAAGUGGUUUAGUUUCUCAAUUUUGCAUUUUCUCUCCGUAAAAAUUAUUUACUUUUAUGAUUUUCGUAAAUGCAAUAAGUUUGAAUGAUGUAAUGGAUGAACCUAAAUCUUUUAUUCUUAAAUUGUUAAUAUCUACUAUACUAGUUGUUGUAUUGUUGAAUUGUUAUCUGAUUUAAAAUUUAAACAUUUAAAUAUUUUUAUGACAAAUAUAUACAAAACAAUUUACUUCAUUAUAUUGUUAUGAUUUGUACAUACUCGUUUGUAUAGUGAUAAUUUUGGUGGAUGUAUUGCUCCACCGACGCGUAUAAUUUAUUCAAUACAUUUUUUUUUCAUAUGAA